AUGCCAUACACUGCACCCGCAAAGACGUUGCCCGCCGCGCAACAUAUCGAAUACACGGAAGCCUCAUCAGGGCCUCGGACAGAACGAUCCAGCGCGGCGCGGCCUGCAACACACCGUUCCCAGAGUUCCCGCUCCUACUCAUCUACCUCCUAUGUUCGUCGGCAUCGUCGAAGCCCAUCCAUCUCUAAGACGAACAACAAUCAAUCCCCCACCGAGACGACGACUCACCCCCAUCUCACCAUCGAUCCACACGCUAGCCUGCGUCAGUCUCCGCCGCCUCUCAACAAUGCCAUGAUUCCUCCUGGAGCCGUGAUCUCACCCCCAGAAUCAGUAGCCAACUCGAGUGACGAGGAUUCCUCUGGUUCCAAGGAUGAGAUUAAGCUUGAGGAGCUCGAGGCUGCAGUGCGGUCCAUUGAGCAGCGAAGGGAAUCAUCACCGGAGAGAGGUAUUGUGGAGCCGACGGAAGGAACCGGUACUGAGGCGCAGCCCUCCUCGAGCCAGGUAUCAACGCCUCCUCAAGCGCAGCCAGAACCCAAGUUCUUGCGUCUCUCCAAGGAGCAUCGCAAGAUCUCCCACUCACGAUCCUCGACGGAAUCAGCAGUGGACCUGAAGAGAGAACAGGCAUUGACCAGCUCGCCGGACGACAGCGAUGCCGAAGCUGCUCCUAAACCACCCAUGGUAAGAAAGAAGUCUGGAGAGUUGGUUCGUCCCGCCCUUCGGCCUGCCACUGCUCGUCGACGACCUUCCAGCAUGCCCGGCACCCCCAACUAUGCCAAGGCCGUGCAUUUCGAUUCUCAGCUGGAACAUAUUCGGCAUUUCCUGCAGCUGGACCGCCCGCUGGCUGUCAGUGCCGAGACCUCUCCAGUAGACAGCUACGACGGAGAGUCAGAGUUCCCGUUCGGACAUGAUGCUGACAAGUCGACUCCGUCGUGGGAGUGGGAGCUCCGCCUAACAAACUUCCCGAAGGAUACCGAUGCGUCCCGGCAAGCCACUCAUGCAGUUCGCCUAGACCGGCUAUGCCUUUCCUUUGACAAGAAGAGUUUGAUUGGCUCGGUCUCUGUGGCUAAUCUGGCUUUCCAUAAGCAUGUGGCCGCCCGCUUUACCUUCGAUUACUGGAGAACUGUCUCAGAGGUGACCGCGGUCUAUAACAAUGACGUUCGUCGGAAGCAUUCCCAUGACGGGUAUGAUCGAUUCACCUUCGACAUCAAGCUUGACGACCAGGCCAACCUGGAGAGCAAGACCAUGUUCGUGUGCAUCCGAUACAAUGUCGAUGGUCAGGAGCAUUGGGACAACAACCAGAACAAGAACUAUCAAGUCGACUUCGUCAAGGUUCCCAAAUCCGCUCCCCGAAAAGCUGCGGCUCCAAGCCGCCCAAGUCUCCCUCGCAGUCGCACCUUUACUGGCUCCACAUCUAGCAGUCGACAACAGUCCAUGCCUCCAUCGUUCGAUAAUUUCCCCGAGGUUGGUAAGAGUGCAUCUUUCGGGAGUUCUUUCAACACCAAGGUCGGUCCGAUGUUGAGCCGAAGCGCCACCAACGACAUUGACACGAUCGGCCCACCUAAACGUCGCGAGAAGCCUCAUCCGCAAGCCUUCGGCAACCGGUAUGACUUUGGAGCCUCGUUGACCGCGGCGAUCCAGACCAAGCCUCCCGUCGAUCGUACGACCCUUACCGCCCGUGCUCGGUCUUCUCAGCCUACGGAAGCUCCCAAAGCCAGCGCGGUGGAAAAGGAUCUGGAUGUGAAGCCAGGUCGGAUUUCUCCUGUGAGAAGCGAUGUCCGUCCAGGAGAUCUGAAGCCGUCCUCACUGGUCUCUAGCAAACCAUGCCACGAGUCCUCGUCGUACAAAGAGCUGGUGGAUAAGUACUGCUUUUAUGGUUCCCCCGUCGAGUCGUCGACUCCUGAAAAAGCGCCCAGUUUCAGCAAUUUCACCUUGACUUUGAAAGGGAACGAAAAGUCCAGGUUUCUCACCACUGCUGCUCCUUCCCCUCCACUGUCUCCUCGCUCCUUGCCCGCACGUGAGUCGACCACGUCUGAGCUACCUCACUCUGACAACCACUCUACCUCUAUGAACUCUGGCCCGGGAAGCCCGCGAAUCUCUCGGAGCACCUCGCCAUCGAUGAAUUUUCGUUACCCGUAUCAUCAAAAGACACUGCAAAACGGCUUCAUGAAAGAUCCCCAGUCAUCGCCAGUCAUUCGAGGGGGAUAUGAUGUUUCAUUUCUGGAAAUGCCCGACUCGCUUGUUUUUCCAUCAUUUGCCAAUGCCUCUACUCACGCGCCCUACGUGGGUGUGGGCGCUCAUUGA